CCAGGUGAAGAAGGGUAUGGCCGGAAGCGGGCAGGACUAGAAUGGGGAAGUCACGAUAAGGAUUUCAGGGGGUUCCAGGUUCAGGGCACAGGUCUUCACUAGGCCUGCUCAGGGCAAGGGGGAUGGGCACACAGGGCGGCACCCUCUUGGUAUCCAACACUGCACCAAAGGAGCAUGAACGAGGGGCAGGGAAGCAGGGGAUUUAGCUCAGCAGCAUAAGUGUAUGCCUGGCAAGUUCAAGAUUGUGAGUUCAAUCCCCGUACCAAAAAAAGGAAGGCGGGGAGGACACCCCAAAGAGUGAAGAACAUUGCUGAACGUGGAGGGACUGAAGGACACCACAAGGCGCAAGGGGAAUAGGAACAGGAGUAGCGCUACGGAAGGGCACAAGAUGGGCUUCCUGACCACAGUGACACAAGGCCUGGUGCGAGGAGCGGACCGAAUGAGCAAGUGGACAAGCAAACGAGGGCCCCGCACCUUUUACAAGAGCCGGGGUGCCAAGGGUACGGGCUUCCACGCCCCUGGCUGGAAGUUUGUGCAGAUAAAGGAACAGGUCCCAGAAUUUAUCGUCCCAAACUUGACUGGCUUCAAACUCAAGCCCUACGUGAAUUAUCGCGCUCCAGCAGGCACAGACACCCCUCUGACAGCCAGAGCUCUCUUCAUGGAAACAGUUGCCCCUGCUAUCGAAAAGGACUUCAAGGAAGGCACUUUUGAUCCUGACAAUCUGGAAAAGUACGGCUUUGAGCCUACCCAGGAAGGCAAGCUCUUUCAGCUGUAUCCCAAGAACUUUCCACGCUAGAUUCCGGUGAUCAUAGCUUUGACUGUGCUGACCCGGUCUCAGACUGUGAGUUCAGAGAAAUGGAGCUCCCCUUGUGGCAUUUCUAUCAAACACCCUUCCUGCUGUCCAGUGUGUCUGGCAUCAAGUGGUUGGCAGUUUGCCACCUAAUAGAUCCUGUGUAGUUCAUACAGAGGUCCCAUACAAUUGUGGUGACAGAGCUGCAGGCAUGCCCAUGACAGCUUACCCCUGUGAGACAAUUUUCUAGGCAGGCCACCUAAGGCAACACUGCCUAAUUCAUUCCCCAAGCAACAACUGGUGUAUUCCUUAUAGACUCCAAGACAGUGGAUAUUUUUAUUUUACCGGAUAAAAAGUAAUUGCUCCCUUGGAAAAAACCUAAAGAACAGGCUGCACAGGAACUUGUGCCAAAUUGG